AUGACGACCUUGGACCAUGUGAUUGCUACCCACCAGUCGGAGUGGGUCUCCUUCAAUGAGGAGCCACCCUAUCCUGUAUCUUCUGAAGGGGGUACCGAGGAGCACCUCCCAGGAUUGUCAUCUUCCUCAGACCAGUCGGAGAGUUCCUCCGGGGAGAACCAGGUUGUGGAUGGAGGCUCCCAGGACCUUUCCCCUUCAGAGCAGGAUGACUCCGCAGAAAAGAUAGGCCUCAUCUCUCAAGCAGCCUCCCCUCCUGGGAGCCCUGAGCAGCCCACUCCUGACCUGGCCUCGGCCAUCAGCAACUGGGUUCAAUUUGAAGACGACACACCCUGGACUAGCACAUCACCACCGCAGAAAGAAACAGCCCCACCUUUGACCAUGCCAUGCUGGACAUGCCCUUCUCUCAACUCUCUGGGGAGAUGCCCUCUAGCUUCCGAGAGCAGCUGGACUACGCAUUCUGGAGACACCAGCAGUCCUAGCUUUGGUCCUUCAUACACAGACCUGCAGUUCAUCAAUGCUGAGGAGCAGACGAGUGGCAGGGCUUCCGGAGCGGACUCCACUGACAAUUCCUCCUCACUGCAGGAAGAUGAGGAAGUAGAGAUGGAGGCCAUCAGCUGGCAGGAGAGCAGUCCAGCCACGAAUGGGCAUCCUGCCAUUCCAGUGACCUCUACUCAUUUCCCCAGCUGGGUCACUUUUGAAGAUAAUGAAGUCAGCUGCCCUUUGCCACCAGUUACUUCUCCUCUGAAGCCAAACACACCUCCGAUUGCAUCUGUGAUCCCAGAUGUACAUAAUAACUCAACUGGGUCUUUUAAGAAGAGGGAACGUCCCAAGAGCACUUUGAUGAACUUCUCUACAGUUCAGAAACUAGACAUUUCCUCCUUGAACCAUCCACCUUCCAUAACGGAAGCUCCCCCUUGGAGGGCAACUAAUCCUUUCCUGAAUGAGACUCUGCAGGAUGUGCAGCCCUCCCCUAUCAAUCCUUUCAGUGCUUUUUUUGAGGAGCAGGAGAGGCGCUCCCAAAUCAAUUCCGUUUCUAACACCACAGGCAAAAGCCAAAGAGAUUCCCUCAUUGUCAUCUACCAGGAUGCCAUCAGCUUUGAUGAGUCAAGCAAACACCAGUCACAUUCUGAUGCUGUUGAAAAACUCAAGCAGCUCCAAAUUGAUGAUCCCGAUCACUUGGGCAGUGCCACACUACCUGACGAUGACCCAGUAUCCUGGAUUGAUCUGGAUGAUCACCUGCCUGCGUCAGUACUGCCCCAGCCCAGGGACGGAUGGCCAAUGAUGCUGAGGAUUCCUGAGAAAAAAAACAUCAUGUCUUCCAGACACUGGGGCCCUAUCUACAUCAAACUUACAAACAGUGGUUUUCUGCAGCUGUAUUAUGAGCAGGGCCUAGAAAAGCCAUUCCGUGAGUUCAAGCUGGAGAUUUGUCAUGAGAUUUCAGAACCCCGCCUCCAGAAUUAUGAUGAGAAUGGUAGGAUCCACAGCUUACGGAUUGAUCGUGUCACCUAUAAAGAAAAGAAGAAAUACCAGCCCAAACUCGCUGUGGCCCACAUAGCAGAGAGAGAACAGGUGAUUAAACUGGGCACUACCAAUUACAGUGAUUUCCUUAGCUUCAUCCAUGCAGUUCAGGACCAUCUCAUGGAUCUGCCGGUGUCGUCAAUGGACUUGAGCACAGUUGGCUUGAACUAUCUUGAAGAGGAGAUUACAGUGGAUGUCAGAGACGAAUUCUCUGGUAUUAUGAGCAAAGGAGACAACCAGAUUCUCCAGCACCAUGUGUUGACGCGGAUCCAUAUUCUCAGCUUCCUCUCAGGGCUUGCAGAAUGCCGCCUGGGCCUCAAUGACAUCCUCGUCAAGGGGAACGAGAUAGUUUCCCGGCAGGACAUCAUGCCUACCACCACCACAAAGUGGAUCAAACUCCAUGAAUGUCGUUUCCAUGAGUGUGUGGAUGAAGGUGUAUUCAGCAACUCCCGGGUUAUCCUGUUCAACCCUUUGGAUGCAUGCCGGUUUGAGUUAAUGCGGUUCAGGACAGUGUUUGCCGAGAAGAUCUUACCUUUCACGCUCAGGACGGCAGCAAGCAUCAAUGGGGCAGAGGUGGAGGUACAGAGCUGGCUUAGGAUGUCCACUGGCUUCUCCUCUAACUGUGACCCUCUCACUCAGGUUCCCUGCGAGAACGUGAUGAUUCGUUACCCUGUGCCUAGUGAGUGGGUAAAAAAUUUCCGCAGGGAAAGUGUCCUGGGGGAGAAGUCUUUGAAAGCCAAAGUGAACCGAGGGGCAAGUUUUGGCUCAACUAGCGUGUCUGGCUCUGAACCUGUCAUGAGAGUAACUCUGGGAACCGCCAAGUAUGAGCAUGCCUUCAACUCCAUUGUAUGGAGGAUAAACCGACUGCCUGACAAAAACUCAGCUUCUGGUCACCCACACUGUUUCUUCUGCCACCUUGAACUUGGGUCUGAUCGGGAAGUGCCUUCCAGAUUUGCCAGUCAUGUGGAUGUAGAGUUCAGCAUGCCCACAACCUCUGCCUCCAAAGCCACAGUAAGGUCCAUCUCUGUGGAAGACAAGACGGACAUCAGGAAAUGGGUCAAUUAUUCCGCACACUACAGCUACAAGGUGGAAAUUGAGCAAAAAGAGAGUUUGAAGUCAGACUUUGAAAGAGAUGAGAUGGAAAAUCCCAAGGAGUGUGGGGUCCAGUGA